GAGGACUUCCCACCAGGUGAGUCACCACUCCUGGUUUCAUCCAGGUGAUCUGUGACGUCACUGCUCUCCUCUAUAUAUAACUUACCUGCAGGACAACCUGGGGUUGACACUGAACACUGUGGAUCCUAGAACAGUCUUUAUCCCUGGAUCGUACAAUUGGGUCUGAACUGUCUUCUGCUCCUCAAGCUCUAAGGAUCGGGACUAACCCAGCAGGACACUGAUUUGGUGGAGGAGGGGGGCUGCUGUAUAGUAUCCAGGUGUAACCAGAGAGCAAGUUUCGACCUUGUUUGUGAUUCAGGGAGGGACCUGCUGGACCGGUCUGACCUGGUAUAAGGAGGAGGAGUAAUAGGAAGGGACUUGGGUGAAGACUGCUGAACUACCUUGGGCAGAAGACCCUAAAGAACCUCGUCCAGGAAGAUGAAGGUCUCCACUAUGAUCUGGGUUGGAGUUGCUGUUCUCUGCUGUAUUCUCACCACACGAGCCCAAAACUCAGGCUGUGAAUCAUGCAUGACAUUCAAAGGUGCCCAAUGUGAGGCUUCUGGUGGAGCUGGCUGUGCGUGCACUCUUUCUAUGGGUACAGGAUCUAAGCUGAAUGUGAACUGUAGUAAAUUGUUUCCAAAAUGCUUCUUGAUGAAGAAAGAAAGUUAUCCUGGAAAAGGCGGGAGGAGGAUUAAACCUGAAGGUGCCCUGGUUGACAACGAUGGUCUCUACAAUCCCGAUUGUGAAAAUGAUGGUAACUUUAAAGCCAAGCAAUGCAAUGAAACGGAGAUUUGCUGGUGUGUCAACUCGGCUGGUGUAAGAAGAACCGAAAAGGGAGACAAGCAAACCAAGACUUGUUCGGAGCUCGUUAGGACUUAUUGGGUGAUUGUUCAGAUGAAGCGUGCCAACACAGACACUGUGUCCGAUGAAGAUUUAAAAGCAGCACUGACAAAGUUGAUUACUGAAAGGUAUCAGCUGCCGGCUGCAUUCAUUCAGAACAUUGAGUUUGAAGGACCAUAUAUCUACAUUGACUUGAAGCAGAACUCCACACAGAAGGUACCAGGUGCCGUAGACAUUGCAGAUGUUGGUUACUACAUGGAAAAAGAUAUCAAGGGAGACUCGCUCAUGAGUCCUGAUAAGAAGUUUGAAAUCCCAAUCAAUGGCAAGAACUUCUUGGUUCAGGAGCCUCUGAUCAUGUAUAUAGAUGAGAAGCCUCACGAAUUGUCCAUGAAACGCCUGACUGCUGGUGUCAUUGCUGUCAUCGUGGUGGUCGUCGUUGCGAUUGUUGCCGGAAUUGUGGUCUUGGUCAUCACACGAAGAAAGAGGGGCAGAUAUGAAAAGGCUGAGAUGAAGGAGAUGAAUGAAAUGCAGAAAGAACUGAACUCAUAAACGUGAUGCCAAGAAGUGGAGAAAGAUGGCAGAGGCCCCAGUGGCUGCCAGUGUCAAAUACUAAUGUGCUCGAUCCAUCAUGAAGUUGUCCCUUCCAUAUCACCGGAGUUAUGUUCUGUGAAUUAUGCUGCGCAAUGAUAUUCAUCUUGGGGAAUCCUACACAGAACAUUGUACCUGACACUUACUUUUUUUGUGAUCUUUGAGCCUUUGAGUUAGUGGAUGUUUUGUUUUUAACUUUAGGUCUUUAAGUGCCCUUAGAAUGGGG